AUGACACAACUAUUUCUUGGAAAUAAAGUCACUGCAUAUGGCGGCGAUUUAUCAGUCAAAUUACUGUAUGAAGGCCCUGGUCCAGGACGGACUGAACCUCUUAUUAUUCUCAGAGGAAAUGGAAUUACAUUGGUUCAUCGUGCCAGAGACCAAGAAUCUGUGUUUACUCCAGGGAGAGAAUUUACAGUAACUGUGCCGACUUAUGAGCAAUUCUACGAACACCGUGAUGGACGUGGUCCUGCUAGCCGUGAGGAUUUAAUGAUGGUUCUGGCCGACUUGGAUCUGUUUUUGAUUCGUGCAACACACACGGACAGUCAAACAAGUACAAGGUGGGGGAGAGUAUUUAAAAAUUAUUUUUGGGAAAUUUUAUUUUCUGGCGUUCUGCAUCCAAAAUUUAUUUUUGCGUUUUCCCUUUUUUUAAUUUUCCCUUUUUGGCAUUUCUUUUUUUGCAAUCUGCAACAUAUGCAAAUUUACAUUUAAUAAAUACUAAAGUUUCUAUGAAAAAGGAUAUUAAAAAGGGACAUAAUAGCACGUCAAUUUUAAAAACGGAAACAAAGGAGAUUUUGUUUGCAGUUAGUACGUUAAAUAAUUUUCAAAGUAGUUGGGUUAGAAAGGUUUUUGUGAGGGUUAAUGUGUAUUGGAUGUAUUUGGAAUUGUUCGAAUUUUUUGUUGUUUGCUUUGUAUUGCGAAUGAUUAAUUUAUUCUGUUCAUUUCUUUGAAAGUCUAAACCCCAUCUUUUUACUGCCCAUUUUAGCUUGAGAGAUUCAAUCUCUGAUAUAUCCUCAUACCGAAGCUCU